CUUAUCCGUACUCACACCACCCAUACGAGCGCCUCCCAUUUAAGCCACGCCAUUCCACUCCUCCUACUACCUCUUAUUCCUUUGAAAUUCUUCAUCUCCUACCUCUGCUUGCUCCAUGAAAAACAAAACACCCACUCCACCUAGCUAGCAGCCUGGUUGCAUUUCGACCUAGACCACCAUACCGGCCAGCUGCUAGCAGAUCCGCGACUCCUUGUGCGUGAGUGUUCGAGAUGGAGGUGCAGGCGCAUGAGGCGACUGGCCGGAAGAGGGGCAGGACGAGCGGCGGCACGACUGCGGCGAGGGUGGUGGAGAGGAAGGAGGCGGAGAGGGAGAGGAGGCAGCACAUGAAGGCGCUCUGCGCCAAGCUCGCCUCCCUCAUCCCAAAAGAACACUUCUCCAACCCUGAUACAAUGACCCAGCUAGGCAGCCUAGAUGAGGCUGUGUCAUACAUCAAGAAGCUCAAGGAGAAGGUCGACGAGUUGCAUCAUAGGAGGAGCUCAGCGAAAGCAAUGGCUGCCGCAAGAGGGGCUAGUGGCGCUUCAACGCCCACCACCACCCCUACCACGAGUGGCGGUGCGGGGUCACCAAAACGAGAGAAAUAUUGGGAGGCAUCGGCACCGGUGGUGGAGGUGCGGCAACGUGAUGAUACGAGCUUGGAUGUGGUGCUGGUAUGCAGCACAGAGAGGCCGAUCAUUCUCCAUGAGGUGAUCACCAUCCUGGAGGAAGAAGGUGCCGAGGUCGUCAAUGCCAAUCACUCCAUUGCUGGCCACAAAAUAUUCUACACCAUACACUCCCAGGCCUUCAGCUCAAGAAUUGGCAUAGAUGUUUCAAGUGUUUCUGAACGACUGAGAGCAUUGGUAUGAUAGUGUGUCUGUAUAUAUAUAGAUGGUACAUAUGUCUAGUUAUUAAUUGCUACAAGAAGGGGAUGGAAACAGACCCUUCAUUAUUCACAAAAAGAAAAACAGACCCUUCAUUAGCUAUAUAACGUCUUCUUCAUGUUGUUUCACAACAUGAUCGGUGUAUGGAAAAGGAUGUUGAUUGCUCUUUGAUCUACCACCUCAUAUAAUUUACAGUAACCAUGUCUGUCUGUGAAGGGUUGUUGUACAUUGCUGGAGUUUUUUUAAGAAUAAGUCUAUAUUCAUGUAUUUCUCAAUAUUUUGACUAUUGCAUGGUGCAAAUGCCCCAAAGUAUCCCAA